UCAUCAUCCUCUUCAUCAUCCUCAUCCUCUUCAUCAUCAUCAUCAUCAUCAUCAUCAUCAUCAUCAUCCUCCUCUUCAUCCUCAUCAUCAUCCUCACCAUCAUCAUCAUCAUCAUCAUCCUCAUCAUCACCAUCAUCAUCCUCUUCAUCCUCAUCAUCAUCCUCCUCCUCAUCAUCCUCAUCCUCUUCAUCAUCAUCAUCAUCAUCCUCCUCCUCUUCAUCAUCCUCAUCAUCACCAUCAUCAUCAUCAUCUUCAUCAUCAUCACCAUCAUCAUCCUCUUCAUCCUCAUCCUCCUCCUCAUCAUCCUCAUCCUCUUCAUCAUCACCAUCAUCAUCAUCAUCCUCUUCAUCAUCCUCAUCCUCUUCAUCAUCAUCAUCAUCCUCCUCCUCUUCAUCAUCCUCAUCAUCACCAUCAUCAUCCUCUUCAUCCUCAUCAUCAUCAUCCUCUUCAUCCUCCUCAUCAUCCUCCUCUUCAUCAUCCUCAUCAUCAUCAUCCUCCUCCUCUUCAUCAUCCUCCUCUUCAUCAUCCUCACCAUCACCAUCAUCAUCCUCACCAUCACCAUCAUCAUCAUCAUCAUCCUCCUCCUCUUCAUCAUCCUCUUCAUCAUCCUCCUCUUCAUCAUCCUCAUCCUCUUCAUCAUCAUCAUCAUCCUCCUCUUCAUCAUCCUCAUCCUCUUCAUCAUCAUCACCAUCAUCAUCAUCAUCCUCUUCAUCAUCAUCCUCCUCCUCUUCAUCAUCCUCAUCAUCACCAUCAUCAUCAUCAUCAUCAUCAUCAUCAUCCUCUUCAUCCUCCUCAUCCUCUUCAUCAUCCUCAUCAUCACCAUCAUCAUCCUCUUCAUCAUCAUCCUCUUCAUCCUCCUCAUCAUCAUCCUCCUCUUCAUCAUCCUCUUCAUCAUCAUCCUCUUCAUCCUCCUCAUCCUCAUCCUCUUCAUCAUCCUCUUCAUCC